CCAACGGCAUCAAAUCAGUUACCGCAAGCGGCCCACUUCCUGGACCACACCCAAACGGCGACUCCUUUAUCUGCCACAGCACUGUUGCUGCUGCUUUCGGGGCGGUCCGCUGCUUCUGACGCCUCACUCCCACUUCCGUUCAUUGCCAUGCUGCUGGGCUGCCUUCAGGAGCGUCGCUGCCAGUGUAAAGUGGGAGGGGAGAGACGAAUCGGGGGCGAAGACGUACAAUGAGCGCUGUUUCCAUUGUCGAAAAUACGUGCCACAUUUCAUCUGGUCUGACACAACACAACGUUUUCACUCUCGUCGCCUCAGUCAAGCUGGGGUUUUUCUUUCGUUUCAUCCCCAGCACUCGAGACUCAAAGAGCUUCUUUCUUUCUCUCAUUGGCCUCUGUCAACUGCUCCCAUCUACCUCACAAUGCCUUCAUUCACAUACAACUUCUCAGCCCGGCUUGCAAGGAGCUUUGGAAGUAGACUGCAUCGGGUGUGGACGGGAAGAGUCUCCAAGUCACCCGCAGUGCGACGUCAAGGCGCUUCAUCACCUACCAAAAACUCAGAACCAGUCCCUUCAGGCCCAACAGCACGUGUGCCCAAAAGCCCUUCAACUGAUGACGACGACCACGACCACGACCACGGCCCUGAGCAGCAGAUUAGACUUGAAGUCGAGCGCGCGAUUAAGCAAGAAGACCAAGAAGACCCAUUUGCUUAUUCGUUCAGCGUUCGCGAGGACGACUAUGACUACGGCGUAGCCCCCGAUUCUGAGGAGGAGUCCGCUGAAGAAGACGAGUUCGAGGAGUACCUACCCAACUCGCAGGAAGUUCAUGCUGCGAAGGGCGAUUUUGGCGACAUGGACGAACCCAUCCAGAGCAUAGAGGUUGACGAUGAGAGUUCGCACAAUGAAAGCGCCUCACCCAGUCUUCGUGGUGGCACCAGUCGGGCCCGGCGCAGUGAAAGCAGCGAGGAAGAUGGGCAAGACCCCGACAAUGGGGACAAGGAUGAUUCGGAUUCGGAUUAUGUCUAUCCUCCCACCAACCUCGACGACUACUACGACUCUGAGGAGGACUUACGGGAUGAGUACGAUGUCGACAAAGAAAGCCUUGACUGGUAUCGGCUGGAGAGGACCAGGAUGGCGGGUAUUAGGAACUGGCCGGAGGAGGCCGCACACGCCCACAAGCUCAUGUCGCUUUGCGGCUUUUACUCCUUGUUUCCCAACUCCUGGAAGUGUGACCUUGUUGACCAUCCUUACCUGAGCGGGCUUUUCUCUCCUCUGAAGGACAAGAAAACCCUCAUCAGAGCCGAGUCGAAUCAAUUCAGAGUUACACGAGCACUGCGGAACCUCUUCGAACUACAAAUUCGCAUCUGUGCGUAUAGAAAGGAUAACCUCCGCGACAAAAUUGCCGACCUGAUCGGCAAGGAAAUCCUGAGGUACAACGCAUCGAUUGAGAGAGAUGCGAAGCUACUGGGACACUGUGCCUACUCCAGUCCAAUUCUGAUCAUCAAGUUUCCGACCCUUCAAUUUGCCGACGUCGGGGACGACCAACUCACGGAGACGGUCCACGCGCAGGCAAUGCAGUUCUGCCGACAAGGCGUGGAGAAAUAUCGCAAUCGUUGGGCGCAACGAGGAAUCGAGCAGUUCCCGCGGGUCGUGUUCGCUUUCGUGAUCAUCCAGCAUACCGUACAAAUAUGGGCACUUGACACGGAGAUUCCGACCCAUGAAUUGAACAAUCCGUACCCUCUGAGGACCAUUGAUAUGUCGAGGAGGAACGAUUGGCUGAAUUGCACCCUGGCCAUUGCUAUUCCAAUUCACCUGGCCAAAGAUGCGCUUUCUACAUACCGCGCAAAUUUCCCUCCCAUCGACGUGGAGGAUUCGGACGUGGAUCUUUGAACUGAGGCCUUGAAUCAAACCUCAGUCUAUGGUUGGGGCAACGAAGAUUUCGCCGGGGGGGGGGUAUUCGCGCAUGUUAUCCACUGCAGGGAGUUUUUGGAGGCCAAGAUAUCCAUUUGACAAUGGUUGGCGUUUUGAGGUACAUCGGCGGCCGGAUAGGCUGGACUGUGGACGAGGACAGGUUAUCAUCAUUUUGGCGGAUAUGCACGCCUUUGAGAUGGUAUUCGUACAGCGUACGUUCCGCGGCCUGUCUACAGAAAAUAAUUCCAGAAGGAGUAGCCGCAUAUCACCAAUCCGACAGGGCGUUGCUCUUUUCAGACGUUCUCGGUGUGAAGGCUGCCAUGCGCCAAAAGUUGAAGGGCGGUGCGACGUGACUCAACUGCAAAUUUUGUAGCCCUGUUGGAUGGGACGUCCGUGGAACGAUUCUAGUGUCAUUGAGCAGGCACGCAGGUCGAGG